CGCUAUCGAACCUUUAGGAAAUGUAAAUUUGAAUGCCUCCCAAAUUCGCUACAACUGUCUUUUCUUUUACUCCGGCAUCGCUUACACUGCCAACACAUUCAGUAACAUAAAGCCUGUUACGUUUAUAAUACGUCUUAAACGUUAUAGAAAACGAUGUAUUAACAAGUGGUAUUUGCAGAUGAGCUCCAACCUCGCCCGUAAAAUGAGACGUUGUUCACCUGUAGACUAGUCCGCAACACACCCCUCCCUCUCCCUCAAAACGGUUUCUCGCAAAUGUUUUGAGUCACAUGGAUUUAGCAAUAUCGGAUAGCCUCUAUGGGAAUCUCAAAGACAAGUCCGGGUAUUGGGAGAGGGAGACUGAGGAAGAGAGUCAGCACAGACCAAGCCCGCGAAGCCUCAACUGCUCGGAGUACACAGUUAAUCCGUCUCGGAUGUGGAGUUUCAAAUAAAAUGGAUGAAUGUCAAUUAUUUUCUUCAUUUGUUCUAUUUUGGAGUAACCCUUUAAGCUUCUUUUUUGAAUGUAUGGUUUUUUCUUGAAAUUAUGUCAAAAAUAAAUGGAGGAACGCGUUGACUCAGACAACAUCCCUUUACAUUCCACAUUCCGGAGAGGGAUUCUUUGGUGAAAGUCAUGCACACCCGCGAUACACUGUAAUGGCAGAACUAGAAGUUUUCAAAAAUAUCAGUCUUGAAAAGGUCGAGCGAUGUAUGAGUGUCAUGCAGUCUGGCACUCAGAUGGUCAAGCUCAAGAAUGGUUCUAAAGGCCUGGUCCGUCUGUUCUACCUGGACGAGCAUCGCUCCUGCAUCAGAUGGAGGCCUUCCAGAAAGAGCGAGAAGGCCAAGAUCACUAUCGACUCCCUCUACAAGGUCACAGAGGGGCGCCAGUCCGACAUCUUCCACCGCCAUGCCGAAGGAAGCUUCGAUCCUGCCUGUUGCUUCACCAUUUACCACGGAAACCACAUGGAAUCUGUUGACCUGGUUACCGCCAAUGCAGAGGAAGCCCGUACCUGGGUGACCGGUCUGAGAUACCUGAUGGCAGGCAUUAGCGACGAGGACUCACUGGCCAAGAGACAACGCACCCAUGACCAAUGGAUGAAGCAAACAUUUGAGGAAGCCGAUAAGAAUGGCGAUGGCCUUCUGAACAUUGAUGAGAUCUACCAGCUCCUACACAAAAUGAACGUGAACCUGCCUCGUAGGAAAGUCAAGCAGAUGUUUCAGGAAGCAGACACAGAUGACCAACAGGGCACACUCACAUUCGAGGAGUUCAGCGUCUUUUAUAAGAUGAUGUCCCUACGCCGUGACCUGUACCUACUGCUCAUGUGCUACAGUGAGAAGAAAGACCACCUCACAGCAGAGGAGCUGGGCAACUUCCUACGUGUGGAGCAAAAGAUGCCAAAUGUGACAGUGGAGUGCUGCCUGGACAUCAUUGAUAAAUUUGAAAACUCAGAGGAGAAUAAGCAGAAAGGAAUUUUAGGGAUUGAAGGGUUUACCAGUUUUAUGCGCAGUCCAACAUGUGACAUAUUUAAUCCCAUGCAUCUCGAGGUGAACCAGGAUAUGGAUCAGUCGCUGUGUAACUACUUCAUCUCGUCCUCCCACAACACCUACUUGACUGGAGACCAGCUCCUCUCUCACUCCAAGACGGACAUGUAUGCCUGGGUGCUGCAGGCUGGCUGCCGCUGUGUGGAGGUGGACUGCUGGGAUGGCCCAGACGGAGAGCCCAUGGUCCAGCAUGGCUAUACUCUCACUUCUAAGAUCACCUUCAAGUCUGUUGUAGAGACAAUCGACAAGUAUGCCUUUAUCAACAAUGAGUACCCAGUCAUCCUGUCGAUAGAGAACCACUGUAGUAUCCAGCAGCAAAAGAAGAUUGCCCAGCACCUGAGGGAAAUCUUUGGGGACAAGCUGGAUGUUGAGGAGGCUUUCAGUAAAGACCCAAAGCAGCUUCCCAGCCCCAACAGCCUGCGGGGCAAGAUCCUUAUAAAGGGUAAGCGUCUGCCCACACAUCUGUCAGCCGAUGCAGAAGAGGGGGAAGUGUCAGAUGAUGACAGCGCCGAUGAGAUUGAGGACGACUUCAAACUGAGAAACAGCUCCAGCAACAGCAUAAUCCAACGCCAGGUGGAAUCCCACAUCAGGAAGAAGCUUGAUUCUCUGCAGAAGGAGUCACAGAUCGGGGACAAAGAGGACACAGACAGCUUCUCCAUCGGGGCCCUGCUGCGUGCCACACACGAGGGACUCCACAGAAACCUCAAAAAGAACUCCAAAGAAACCCUGAAGAAAUCCCAGAGUCGGUCUUUCAUUGGCAACCUCAAACACAAGAGAAAUUCCAAGUCCAGGAUGAAGUGUCAGAGUGUGGAUGUGGACACAGAUGAUGAAGAGAAUGAGGAGGUCUACGGAAAGGAGUUAGUUGGCGUGCCUUACAGAGGUGGCCGGCGGAGGAGGACUAUAAAGCUGAGUAGAGAUCUGUCUACUCUGGUGGGACUCACCAACACUCUGGCCGCACAACAAGCUCUGGAUGAGGGUGCCCCAGGGAAUGUGCUGUCAUUCAGUGAGACAAGGGCACAGCAGCUGGUCCACCACCGAGCGGAAGAGUUCCUCCGUCUGAACCACCAGCAGCUCUCUCGCAUCUAUCCAUCUGCCUACCGUAUCGACUCCAGCAACUUCAACCCGCAGGCCUACUGGAAUGUGGGCUGCCAGCUAGUGGCUCUGAACUACCAGACAGAAGGUCGUAUGAUGCAGUUAAACCGAGCCAAGUUCAUGGUGAAUGGUGGCAGUGGCUAUGUGCUGAAACCUCCACCAAUGUGCAAAGGAUCCUUCAGUCCAUUUUCUAAUGAUCCACUUCCAGCAUAUCCCAAAAAGCAACUAUUGCUUAAGAUCAUUAGCGGACAACAGCUCCCCAAGCCACCUGACUCCAUGAUGGGGGACCGGGGAGAGAUCAUUGACCCUUUUGUGGAGGUGGAGAUCAUUGGUCUUCCAGUGGAUUGCUGUAAAGAGCAGACACGUGUGGUGGAUGAUAAUGGGUUUAACCCAGUAUGGGAGGAGACUCUGUCCUUUACUCUACACAUGCCAGAGAUGGCAUUGGUGCGAUUCCUUGUCUGGGACCACGACCCAAUUGGACGAGACUUUGUCGGUCAGAGAACCGUGGCAUUCAGCAGCCUUAUGCCAGGUUACAGACAUGUUUACCUGGACGGUCUGACAGAAGCAUCCAUCUUUGUCCAUAUCACAGUGCAUGAUGUUUACGGAAAGUGGAGUCCCCUAGUCCUCAACCCCAGCUAUACAAUAAUGCACUUUCUAGGAGCUAAUAAGAACCGUCAGCUGAAAGGCAUCAGAGGCCUAUUUAAUAAGGGCUCAAAGGCAUCAGUUGAGAACGGACUCCCCAUGCGAAAGCGUUCCCUUAGCGAUCACCUCUUGCGGCGCACAGCCAGCGCCCCUGCCAAGGGCCGAAGGAAGACCAAAAUGGCUCUCGCUGAGGCUGCAGAGGACCGGAAGAAUAGCACCGGCGAAGCUUUACAAGCGCAGGAAGUGGCGUUGGACCGUCGUACCAGUCCUCGAGCUCCUCUCCAACACAGGCCAGUCUCCAUGCCCUUGGAAAAGCUGCUGCAGGGCCAGCUCAGCCUGGCGUCCCCAGACCAGGGGAAGCCUGACCCAAUCACAGACACUCUCAUCGAUCUGGUCCACUUUGCACGCCCCAGGUCCAUCUCAGUGGACCUCCUCAUUGAAACCACACCCUCAUAUAAUUCUGACGACCAUUCCUCCUCUGUUGGCAAGAUCCCAGGAGCAGAUGAGAUGAGUAAUACUGCCUAUCUGGUAAUUGGAGAAGGAGAGAAAAAUGUAGAUGAUCCCAACACAGCCCCUUCUUCACUGGACCGUGUCAGUCACAAGCCCAAUGCUAAGGAAGUGCCAACUCCAUGCUGCUCUUCGCCUGCACCAGGCAGCAGUUCAGCAUCCCAGGUUUCAAGCCCAGUACAUCACAAAACAUCUCUUUCUUCGCCUUCACCUCUUGCAGUGGACCAGUAUGAUCAGCAAAGUCAGCUAUCUCUUCAGGACAGUACCAUCUCAAGGCUUAUUGAUGCUGUUUCCCUGGGCAAUGAGUACGACACUUGUGGGUCAAUAUCGGCCUUGAUUGGUCAGUUUGAACUCACAAUGGAACAUGGGACCCCUAAAACAGAAUCAGGACAAUCAAUCUAUGGCCCCUCUCUCUACAGUGUAACUCCAAACUCACAUAGAAUAUCCCACAAACACAAUAAAAGUAACACUAUCAAAACCACAGAUGCUUCAAGCAGUCCUCUCAAAGCUAUCCCAAACUCACAAAAACAUGCUUCCCCUAAGAAAGUCCUCCGGAACACUAGUAGUCCAUCCACAGUUCCAUUCUAUUCUGAGCCUUUACUUCUCUCAAGUCCAGAGACCACAGAACCUGCAGUGUACACCAUUCUUGAUGAGGAAGUGCUGUCCCCGGUUUCUCUAAGUAACCAAAGGGAUGAGUCCUUUGGUGUUGAGAAGAACUUCCGAAAGAAUGCACAUGGUUGCACCUUGGAUUCUUUCCCUUCUAAACAGGAAAUCGGUGUGAAUCUUGAAGACACUGAUUGCUGGGGGGAAAACAGGGAGGAUGGCCAAAGAGGCCAGUAUACCACUAAGAGAUCAGUGCAUGCCUGGCAAGCAAAUGGCUACACCACCUCAGCCAGCACCGGUCCAAACCCUGACCACUUCGUCUUCUGUCAUGAGUCAGCAGGUAGUAGUCUAAUGGAGGUAGAGCUCAAUGUCGAUGAAGAUCCGCUGGAGACCACACAGUUCUCUCCACGACAUGGUUAUGGUUGGAAUGGCCGGGGGCUUAAUAAUACCAUAUCUGCUGGCAUACACAAUGCACAUUACACUUCCUCUCUGCAUGACAGACUCUCAAAUGAGCCCUCACCUCUUCACCAGCCCACCCUACAGCCCCCUCCUUCACACAGACAUGCUGGUCAGCCAUUCCAGUUAGACCAGCGUCAAAGUUUUUCUAAUCUGUGCCAAGAUCGGUACCAAAUCAGCAAUGCAAGGACUGACCCCAAUCACCACAAUAUCAAUGAUAGGACCUUAUCGGGGAGGCAUUGGAGGGACACUUACAGUGGAUAUACGACUAAUGGAAGACAGGGAAUGCCACAAAAAACAGAUGAUCAUGAUGAGAGAGCCGGACACUUUCAUAAUGGAAACCUCUCUGAAUAUCUGUCUGAGCCCCAAAGGCACAACUCCACCAUGGGCAGGGACCUGUAUUCGCCAAUCUCAGACUGUGAUGUUCCCUACAAUUACACUGAGAAUGGCUUUGUCUCAACCAAAUAUUCUCAGCACACCCAGGCAGCGCCCCCCCACAUGGAGCAUAGUUUAGCUGCACCAGGAGUAACUAAAGGCCCGAGCCCUUGCAAGUCCAAGAGUCUGGGAGACCUGACGUCUGAUGACAUCUCCUGCAACUUCCAAAGCAAGUACCAAGUUAUCAGCCGCAGCUUCAUCACUUCAUCCCGAGACAACAGGAGAAUGGCCAGCCUAAACCAGCGACCUCAAUCUGCAGACCCCUUGACAGAGCAGCUACGCAAGCUAGUGACCUUAGAGCAAGAAGAGCUGCCCCAGUCGUCCCUCUCCAAUCAGAUCCCACCCAAGCCCUUGCCAACAUCCCUGCCCUCUCUGAAUCCUUUCCCUGUCAGCUCAGCGGAGGCUGCGGAUGAUCUUGAGGAUCCCCCGCCUCUUCUGACCCGUCGGCUGUCCUCUCGCAGUCAGAGCCGAGUGCGGCACAUCGCCAGCCGCGCCCGCGAGAAGCAGGAGGCACUGAAAUCCCGAACUGCUGCCAACAGCAACCGAGUAGUUCUGCGACACAAGUCACCCAGCUCACAAAAUCCUCUGCCUAACAGGCACUCCACUGGCUCCUACAUUGCGGGGUAUCUCGAGCAACUGGAGGACCGAGGUUUGCCUGAGGGGGCCUGUACUAGUCUCCGAUACAGUUAUGGUGAUCAUUACUACACAGAUGACUCAGCGCUCCUCUCUGAUUCCUGUCUUCCUUCAGAACCUGAGGUCUACUUCCUGCUCAGACUAUGAUUUUGUCUGUAACUCUGUGUAUUAUGUGCCCGCUCCACCUCCUGCUCAUACUUAUACUUACUUAUACGCUCUCGAUGAGGGUUGUCAGCUGUUAAGUAAGACAGCAUGUUGUAAAUAUACCUGUUUUUAUGUGUGAAAAGUCCUGUCCUCUUGUCCUACUGUGAGGCUUAUGUUUUAUUGACCCACAACUGAUGAAACUACUUCACAAUCUGUACUGCUUGUUACGCUUGAUGUGACCUUACUCAGAAUAAUUGCUUUGAUUUUGAGUCAAAGGUAAUAUGGUGAGCAGUAUGGUCUUUGUCCUUUGAUAUUUCUCUUUGUCCUUUGAAAAUGUGUAUGUGUGUAAUUAUAAAUUUGGCUCUUAUUUUAAAAGAGCUGUACAGUCUUCCUAUGUCUUUUGUUCUGUUUGUACAUACAGAUGUUGAUUAUCUGGUUUUAUUUAAGGCACCAUGAAUCUUCCUGUUUUUGACUUUGUUGACUAUGUUAGUAAGUAAUGCAUGUUCACUGUGGACUUGUCAAGCAUGACUAUGCACUGACUUUUAGAUGUUUUCAUGCUUUUGCACAGAUUUAAUUUUUUAACGUACUGGAUGCAAUACAUAGACAUGCUUGCUCUCUUUUAGUUAUGAGUUCAAUAAUGGCAACAAAACAAAUAAAACAUUUAAACUUUUAUUUUUCUAAUUGCUUUGAUACCAAAAGCAAAACCCAACCUUGUGUGUCUUUUAUUUGUUAUUUUUAAAAAGAAAACAUUUCAAGCUUAACUAACAUGCUAAGAUUGUUUUGGUGUAGAGGUACUGAAAUCUAAUAUUUGUAUUUGCACCCAGUGGAAAACUGAGCUUUUUCCUACCAAUGCAAUAAAAUUCUGAAAAAUUUGA